AUGGAUGUAGACAAUAUUUUACGGUCGUUAGGAAAUUACGGGAGAUACCAAGUUCUACAGUUUGCUUAUAAUCUCUUUUGUUUACCAAUAUUGACGUAUCCAGUAGUCAUUUACGUAUUUGUUGGUUACAUUCCAGACUUCAAAUGUAAGUUUUCAGAUAAACACGUGACAAAUUACUACGCUGACAUCAAUACGUCAUAUAACGUCACAAUCCAUUCACGUCAAUGUGACGUCAUCUUUGAGACAAACAGGUCUGGUGUUCUCACACAGGAGACUAUUCCAUGUAGAGAUGGAUACGAUUUUUUUGGCCAAGAGACCACUGCUUCUGAGUGGAAUCUUGUUUGUGGAGCCGAGGGCCUAGGAAGCAUGUCCACCACCAUGUUAGUGAUUGGUCAGAUGAUUGGAGCGGCACUUUUUCCCGCCCUGGCGGAUAAAUACGGUCGUCUGCUGAUCUUCUACACAAACUUUAUCGCCAUGGCUCUGUGUUACGUUUUGGCAGCUUUUGUUCCAUGGUUCAGUGCCUUUGUCAUCUUAAGAUUAUUGAUGGGAGCUUUUGGACAGGGAGCUGGGAUGUCAUUGUCAACAUUGGGUUUGGAGAUUUUCCCGGCUGAAUCACGUGGUUUUACAGUCUCUGUCGGAAGUGUAGCGUGGUCUCUCUCCAUUACGUCUAUAUCUCUAGUAGCCUACCUCCUCCGUAAUGUAUCCUGGAGGUACACCAUGCUGGCUGCCGGUAUAAUAGGCUCCCACAGCCUGGCUUCACGUUGGUAUUCUCUUCGAUGGCUUGUUGCAAAUGGUAAGUACGAGGAGGCAAAACAAUGGAUUAAACAAGCAGCCAAGUGGAACAAAAUAGAUCCUUCCACUAUAAUAGACGAGUUCGACUCUGAAUUACAGAGAAGUGAACUACAGGUGCUUGUAGAUGUCAGUGAACCCGAUACAAACUGUGAACAGACAGGGAAAAGGAGAAAGGAGAAGUUGUCAAUUUUGGAUAUUUUCAGACACAAACACAUUCUGGUGACGUCCGUAAUAGUUUGGAUAAUAUGGUUUGUAAACAGUAUCACGUAUUAUGGACUAUUUCUGAUCUCCGGCACUAUGAGUGGAAACAUGUAUCUUAAUUUCUUUUUAAAUGGAAUGGUUGAGCUACCAGGCAUUUUUCUGUAUUUGUUUACGAUCAACAGAUAUGGUAGGAAGAAGACCUGUGUCAUGUUUCAUGCCAUCGCUGGGAUUAGUCUGAGCAUGACUGCUGUCCUUAACUUCACUGCAGGUACACCAGCGUUGAAGGGGUUUGCCUCGGCCCUGAGCUUUGCUGGAAAAUUCGGAAUAUCUGGUUCAUUCAUGACAAUUUUUCUAUACACACCAGAAAUAUAUCCUACAAAUUUAAGGUAUGAAAUCUUUCCAAUCUGUAAAUUUUAG